AUGCUCUCCCCUGCCGCCUUCACGGCGCUCGCGCUGUUUGCUACAGUGCAAGGCAUCCCAUCCUACCAACCGCAUCUCCACAAACGAUGUGGUCCUGUCCAAGAAUUCUACAACCAGAACCAAGGAGACUGGGACACCUACAACACCACCGACUGGCUGAACAGCUGGUGGGACGGCAACACCGACCAAGUCUCCAGCAACACGGCCGGGUUCGCCGGAGCAUUCGGGCAAUGGGCCAUGGGCAACCCAGAUUGGUCCUGCAGUGACAGUGGCUCAGAUACCGACUGUGACCUCAAUCUGUGCGAUAAUCGAGUCCUGAAUGACAAGGGUAAUGACAUUCGUCCGGCGUAUUAUGUGCUUGAGUCCGUUAACCGGCUUCAUACCUACUUCACUGGUCUUGGGGAGGCGUUCACGACCACGGCGCUGGGGGCGGCGCUGUCGAAGGAUGAGUGGGCGUUGACCUUCUAUAAGGACAAGGACGCGAAGAGCGUGACGGCACUCAAGGAGGCCCUGAAUGCAGUGACGACUAUCGUCGGUAUUGGGGCGACGUUUGCGGGCCUGGGUCCUGCGGUCGGUGGUGCGGUUGCUGGUGCAGGCUCUGCGCUGCUCAGUGGCGGUAUUGCGGCGGGUAAUCUGGUGCUUGGGGAUCACAAAGAUGACACUUUCGAGAAAUCAGCCGAUCUCGGCAGCAUCCUCGGCACCGUUGUCGUCGACUCUCUCAAGUCCUUCACGACAGCCAACAACGACCUCAUGGCCGGAAGGUUGUACAACAAGGCCGAUAUCCGAUCAUACCUUUCCGGGGGAGCCUUCCUGGACUAUCCAGGUGUGGACAAGAACGCGGUGACCGACUCCAUGACAGCCAUGAUGGUGGGAACGGCAAUCAACCAGCUCUACAGAACUCAAAAGGUCUUCAUCAUGGGCGGUGGAGCCUGCGGUGAUAACCAAGGCAUUGGAUCAGGACCCCAAGAAGCCGUUGUCUGUCGUGACAACAAGGCCUGGUAUCUAUAUUACUGGCAGGAGAACGAUGUCGUUUCGACCACCGCGCAUCAAUGGGGAUGGGUCGCUUCUCCGCCCGGGGCGGAUCAACUCGGCCAGGGCCCGUAUAGUGGUGUCAGCGUUGAGGAUAUCAUCAAUUCAUCGCUCGAUGCGUACAAUGCCGCCGGGUACGACUAUAAUGCGGACAAAGCGGCGGAACGAGCGUCAGAUGCGGUUGCAAACGCCUGGGCCAGUCCUGGAGAGAAGGGAGCUUCGUGGGAAGGCGUGUUUACUAUUCCAGUUUGCGAUGUUAGAGGGGCAGUUGAUUCGGACUUUGAGAUGAAGGAGUAUAUUCUGCAACCAUAUGGGCAUAAGAUGCGUCCUGUUUGGUGCGGUGCGAUAUGUGGAGGUGAUCAACAGACAACACAGAGUUUCAUUAACGCCGCUAAUAUGGGUGGUUUCAAGAGCCCGAAACAUCUCUGCUCCGAGGAUCCGGGCUAUUGA